GGAUUUGAAAACUCGCAACAGAGCAACCAGACCGACAGUGGGUCUGCCAAGAGUCUGCUGAUGAAUCCGUUAGGCUGUACCCCUGGACAGGAGUUCAUGUUGAACGACUACUUUGCCUGUGUGGGGUGGGAGGGGUGGGCUUUGCUGGGCAGAGUGUACAGCCCAUAUCGGCACUACAUAGUUCUGAAAGAUAGAGAGUACGAACGGCGAAUGAAGGAGAAUGAGGAGAUGCACAAAGUCAUCUCCGACCGCAACCUGGCACGCAAAGAACCUGUGGGCAGGGUAGCCUCUCAGUUGGACCAGAAAGUGCGCAGC